CGCUGCCGGGGCCGCGGCUGCCGCUGCUGACAACAAGAUGGCGGCGGCGGGCCCGGCGGGCGCCGAGAGCCGGGUGCUGGGGUAUACCCUGCACCGCUGGAGCAGCUUCUCCUCCACCUACCUGCCCGAGAAUAUCUUGGUGGAUAAGCCCAAUGAUCAAUCCUCAAGAUGGUCUUCAGAAAGCAAUUACCCUCCCCAGUAUUUGAUCCUGAAACUCGAAAGACCUGCCAUAGUCCAGAGCAUCACGUUUGGCAAAUAUGAGAAAACCCACGUCUGCAAUUUAAAGAAGUUUAAAGUCUUUGGUGGAAUGAAUGAGGAAAAUAUGACAGAUCUCUUAUCCAGUGGCUUAAAGAAUGAUUAUAACAAAGAAACAUUCACCUUGAAGCAUAAAAUUGAUGAACAGAUGUUCCCCUGUCGAUUCAUUAAGAUAGUUCCACUCUUAUCCUGGGGACCUAGCUUCAAUUUUAGUAUCUGGUAUGUUGAACUUAAUGGCAUUGAUGAUCCAGAUGUGGUCCAGCCAUGCCUCAACUGGUACAGCAAGUACCGUGAACAGGAAGCCAUUCGCCUUUGCCUAAAGCAUUUUCGUCAGCACAACUACACGGAGGCUUUCGAGUCGCUGCAGAAGAAAACCAAGAUUGCUCUGGAGCACCCCAUGUUGACAGACCUGCACGACAAACUGGUCUUGAAAGGAGACUUCGAUGCUUGUGAAGAACUCAUAGAGAAAGCUGUGAAUGAUGGCUUAUUCAAUCAGUAUAUCAGUCAGCAGGAAUACAAACCUCGCUGGGGGCAGAUCAUCCCCAAAAGCACCAAAGGUGAUGGAGAAGACAGCCGACCAGGGAUGAGAGGUGGCCAUCAGAUGGUUAUAGAUGUUCAGACAGAAACUGUCUAUUUGUUUGGUGGCUGGGAUGGAACUCAGGACCUGGCCGACUUCUGGGCAUACAGUGUGAAAGAAAACCAGUGGACCUGUAUAUCCAGGGAUACUGAGAAAGAGAGUGGUCCCAGUGCCAGAUCCUGUCACAAGAUGUGCAUUGACAUUCAACGAAGGCAGAUCUACACGCUGGGACGCUACCUGGAUUCCUCUGUGAGGAACAGCAAAUCUCUGAAGAGUGACUUCUACCGCUAUGACAUUGACACCAACACAUGGAUGCUGCUGAGUGAAGACACCGCAGCGGAUGGAGGCCCAAAACUGGUGUUUGAUCAUCAGAUGUGCAUGGAUUCUGAAAAACACAUGAUCUAUACCUUUGGAGGCAGAAUCCUGACCUGCAAUGGCAGUGUGGAUGACAGCAGAGCCAGUGAACCACAGUUCAGUGGGUUGUUUGCUUUUGACUGCCAGUGUCAGACAUGGAAACUUCUGAGAGAGGAUUCCUGUAACGCUGGACCUGAGGAUAUCCAGUCCCGAAUAGGACACUGUAUGUUGUUCCAUUCUAAAAAUCGCUGCUUGUAUGUAUUUGGUGGCCAGAGAUCCAAGACUUAUUUGAAUGACUUCUUCAGUUACGACGUAGACAGCGAUCAUGUGGAUAUCAUAUCAGAUGGCACGAAGAAAGAUUCAGGGAUGGUUCCUAUGACAGGUUUCACUCAAAGGGCUACCAUUGAUCCAGAACUGAAUGAAAUCCAUGUCUUGUCAGGGCUCAGUAAAGACAAGGAGAAGCGGGAAGAGAAUGUAAGGAAUUCCUUCUGGAUUUAUGACAUUGUGAGGAACAGCUGGUCUUGUGUCUAUAAGAAUGACCAAGCAGCAAAAGAGAAUCCAGGUAAAAGCCUGCAGGAAGAGGAGCCCUGCCCAAGGUUUGCCCAUCAACUGGUGUACGAUGAGUUGCACAAGGUUCAUUACUUAUUUGGAGGGAAUCCUGGCAAGUCCUGCUCUCCAAAGAUGAGAUUAGAUGACUUCUGGUCUCUGAAGCUCUGUCGACCUUCAAAGGAAUACCUGCUAAGACACUGCAAAUACCUCAUAAGGAAGCACAGGUUCGAAGAAAAAGCUCAGACUGACCCUCUUAGUGCACUGAAGUACCUGCAGAACGACUUAUAUGUAACUGUGGAUCACUCAGACCCCGAGGAGACAAAAGAGUUUCAGCUUCUUGCCUCAGCAUUAUUUAAGUCUGGCUCGGAUUUCACCACUCUCGGAUUCUCAGAUGUUGACCACACAUAUGCGCAGAGAACUCAGCUCUUUGACACAUUAGUCAACUUCUUUCCAGACAACAUGACCCCUCCUAAAGGCAACCUGGUGGACCUCAUCACGCUGUAAUGGAGCAAUCACUGGACAUAUGGAAGAGGGGAAAAGCAUCCAUUUUCAGUAUUUUCAUUUUUUUACUGCAUUGAUUGACUGCUGGGAUGAAGUAAUAUAGUAACCCCUAGGUGUUUGCAAGGGGUUUUAUACUUGUAUGGUGAAUCCCUGAAGCUUUUCCCUUGGAGUAGGUUAAUAAAAUGUAACUGACGUACUUCUGACUAAAUAUAUAUAUUUUUUCUGACUUUGGAUUUUGAGUUAGCAAAUGGAAGAGAUGAAAAGGGUUUUUUUUGGGGGGGGAAAAGGAUGAAAAAUAAAACCCAAUCAUGCAAUGAUUGCCUAUAGGGGAAAAUUGAGAUUUGUGGGUUGUAAUGAUGAUGGGUUUUAUUUGGGGGUUUGUGAAGAAGGGGGGAAGAUUGUUCUUUGCUCAUUUGUAGCUAGUCAUGAUAUAUUGCUUUAUCCUACAACUCCAUCCUCAGCAGCUGAAUAACUUGGAGGCAGGACACUGGCACGUGUUGAGGUGAUAGUAAUGUUGUGUCUUGAGUCUUGUAUCGCAGUGUGUCUGUGAAGGGGAGCACGUGUUACGACUUACCUGUCCCCUCGUCCCAGAAUCAGGCUGAGCAGUGUCUAAUUGCAUCUGAUACCCCAUUUAAACCUGAAUACCUGCCUGCCUACCUUCUGUUCUCUGGAGCUUCCACUUCAACCUGCCAGGCAAGUGGGAACCUCAGAGAAACCAUGGGAAAACAGGAGUGCAGUGCUUAUCUGCCCCUUUUCAGGGAUCAUCCUGGUUUUGCUGCUGUGCUCUUCCAGUGGGAAUCCAUGCAGGUCCUGGCAGGACUGGGUCUUCCACCACACACAUCCCAACCUCUGCAACCUGACUCUGGGUUGGGUGUAGGAUAUCUGAAGCAGAUUGUCUUCGUUUACAUGCACCUAUGCUUCUGUGUGCAGUGUUUGUCGAUGUGUAAAUGUAAAGAGGAUUGCUCCCAACAGCUUGUCUGCUCCCUCUGCAGUGCAGCUCAUUCACUUCUAAAUGCAUUUUAGACCUAGAUCUGAAUGUAAGGGAGGCCUUCUUAGCAUACAUCUCUCUGAAAGCAAGCUGAUGCAUAUGUAUAGAAUAUAUAUUCUUCCUUGCUGAAAGCCUUCUUCAUAAACAAGGUGAGGGCUUGGUGCUGCACUGUCAAGUGGAAUGAAGGAUACACAUACCCAGCAGCAGAAUCUUUUUGCAUUCGCUGUCAGUGCGAACUGGCAGAUGUAAAUAUUGAUAUGAGACUGCAAAGCUUUAUGUCCAGAGAUGUUCAUGCCAGUGGGGUUUCGUUGCUGCACCCACUGUGGCUACACGACUCCUGUUGAACUUGAUGGAAGUCUUGUGUGUGCAAAGAUGAUUUGGACUCUUGAAAUAAAAGAGUUAGUGAAGUGUCUUUUUCAGAGCUCGAGUGUCUGCUUGCUUUGAUUGCAUUGUAUUGCCUCUUGAUCACGUCCUUUGUGUGACUUUUGUAGUCCUGGUACGUUAGAAAUAAAUUUAUAACCUCAUAUUAGUGUUUAAUCACUUAGAAAGGAACAACGUGUUGGAGGCUGGGCUUUGUUUUGUCUUCAGGGAGGACCAUAAGAAUACAGUGUUUUUAGGUAAUCUGUGACUUGAGACUAUUUAGACGUUGUGUACUUCAGCGGGUGGCAAAUCAGAUGUGUGGGGGGAGAAUCCACUCGGUACAUAGUGCAGUAAAGGGAAUCUGAUGGAAUUGUUUCUUUGAAACAUUGCAAUUUUGUUUGUUUUCCAGUGACAUGGAAAGUUUUACGUCACUGCCGGGCUUUAUGAUGUGCUACUUUUGACCCUUUCUUAACUAAAGUAGAGCUUAUGUGGUACGAAUGGAGAUGCUGGUGGUGCUGGGUAUUCCAGUUGAGGUGGUGUUUCCAUUGAGAUUGAACUCAGCCCUCUUAAUGCGACCAGCCAAAAUGCUGCAGCCCUCUAGUACUUCAAAUGGUAGUGGUGGUGUGCUUCCUCAUCACUUGAUCUCAUUCCCUGUGUAUUCUCCAGUGUCAGUUAGAUGAUGAAUUGUGCUUUUGGUGACAGUUUUCUACUCAACCAAGCCCUUCAUAAACUUCUAUGUGUACGUCUUUGACUACACAUGAGGCUGAACCCGAAAGAUACAACUAGACAGAGGAGGAGCCACAGCAAGCAGACAGUACUUAAGGAAAGCCAGAAGCUUUGUGGAUGGUGGUGCUGGUGAGCAGAGCAUCGUGUCAGGUUUGAUUAGUGUUGCAGAAGUUCAAUCAAAACUCAUUGUCCUCUGCAUCAGGGUGCAUGUGAAGCCUGGCAGCUUAUGUUCUUGUAGCACAGCGUAAAUGGAUGAUUGUGUGAGCGAGGUGAACAUUGCUUCUGCAGGACUGACAACCCCAGCUAAUGAGAGCACUUCAGGAUGAUCAGAUACUGACCUACCUUUAUCCUGAGCAGAUCGAUUUCAGCUCGCACGACUACAGUUUGUGGGUUACAGCUGGGCAUUAACCAGCAGAAACUAUUUGCUCGGCUUCAGUGUAUUCGUGGAGCUGCAGAGGCACCCUGUGGCCAGAGAAGUUAAUCCAGAGUGAAAGCUUAGUGGCUUUGCCAAGGGUCUUUCCUGCUUCUGUGUCCUUUAGGAGGCAAAAUGAAAUGAUUACUCUGCAUCAGUGUGUGCUGCACUACCUGCUCUAAAACCUAAUUAAAACUUCGGAGCGCUGAAGUAUAAAGUUCCUUUCAAAACAAGCCAGUUAUUGACAAGCAGCGGCAGGGAGAAUUUGAAUGUAAUUACAUGCAGAUCUUUAAAGAUGCUGGUGAUGUUCCAGGAAAGCGUUGGAUGUGAUCAGGACAGAAUUACUGAAGUACAGACUGAAAAGAGAACCUGAAAAUGUUGCACAGCCCACUGCAUGCAAUGGUAUAAAUAGCCAAGCUCUGCGUGAGAAGUCUCUGAACCUCACCCUUACUGCUUGCAGGCUGGAGCAGAGACUGCUUUUUAGCUUAGACAAGACUCUAUUUGCCUCUACCUUAUAACAUAAGGUGACUGUGUAUGGAUUUAACACCUCAUAAUCUUUGCACUCCAGUAGUUGAUCUCUAAAUUAUAUGUUAACUUGUAAAUAAGGGUAUUGCAAAAGAAAGGAGCAGGGAGGGGACUCAUUCAUGGUGACUGGGGUCUUUAAAGCCAAAGUUACAAGGUUCUGGUAUGGUUUUUAAAGCUAUAGGAAGUCAGGGUGGGAUAAACUUGAUACAGACGAGGCUUUAAUCUUGAUUUAGCUUUUGAGAUCCAUGAGUUUGAUUCUUCACUGACACUGGCCUUCAGCAUAGCUGCCCUUACAAUAUUAUUCAGUAGAUCAUCUCUUUGGAGAACUUUAUUCUAUAUGCAAAUAUAGAAUAAUAUCCUAUAUAGGCAAAGUUAUUAAGUAACACAUUUUCCCAGAGAAAUAAAGCCCUUCUGAUUAGAUUUUUUGUCUCUUGGAUUAUGCAUAAUCGAGUUCCUUAAUGUUUGUCUUUUACAACCCCUCGUAUAGUAGUCAGGAAGCAGAAGUCUUGAAGAGUUCUCCCCAAAUGUCUUCUCCAAGCAAGUCCUGCUGUUGCAGUGUGACCCAACAUGUUUUCUGCAGGUGGCUGAAAGACCUACUUAGAUGAUGAUGUUAAAAAUGAGGGGGUUAUAGCCUCCUUUUUGCCCUGUUUUAUUUUAAGGAUGCCAUUAAUAGUGAUCCUGUGGAGGCAAAGUGGUUGUAGCUUUUAUCUUCUGGCCCUUCUAAAGGUGUAACAUUUGUGACAUAUUUAUCCUUAAGCAUCUCUUCCUUUUGCUGGGUAUAAUGAGGAAGGAGAACUUUGUCUUGAAGAGUUUCUUUUGCCCUUGCUCUGGACAGCAUCUUGUAGGUGUAGUUUAGUCAUACCCAGAUGUGCACGUGAACAUCUGGGAUUUAGUUCUGUGCGCCCAGGAUGGCUCCGUGUGCACAGGUACACGUUAGCUCCGGGGUCUGAACAUUAAUAGCACCAUGACACUCUCAUUUUGGAACAUCAAUCUGGGAAGACCCAGUUGGAAAGGCUUUUUCUAAGGCAUUCGCCUUGUGCAGUCAGAACUAGAGUGAAAUGAGGGAACUUUAUAAAGACCAUACUAAAGCUUCCCUUUAUGCAGCUUGUACCAGAGCAGGGAUGCAGUGCCAGGCUUCAGUUAAACUGCAACUUUUUGGUCACUGAUGAUAAUAAAAUGCCUGAAAAUGUAAUGACUUAAGGAGUCAGUAAGGAAAUGAGCUGGAGCCACCUAUUUGCAGGAGGGCAGGCCCUUUGCAGAAGGCUAGCGGGCAGGGAUUGCGAUAGCUUCAUCUGUGUAUUUAAUCAGCAGCCGCAUGUGGCAGGGUCUCCAUUAGCUGUUUCUUCUUCCAGAAGAGACUCCUUCCAAAGCAGGGUAAUGACUCUGGAAGAGCAUUUUCCGUAGGGCUUUGUGGGACAGCUGUUUUCUGCACCGUUUUCCUGAUGUGUGCAAGUUUUGAGAAGGGAGUUUUCUUUGUCGCAGGGUUGAAUGCUGAUCAUGCACUGCUGUCUGAGUGCUGCAGACAGUGAUAAAGUCGGAGCUGUGUUCUAACUUGAAACUUGUUUGCUGCUCUCACUGUAAGAAAGAUGAGCAUUAAUGCUGCUUGUUUCAAAUGCAGGAGGGUGGCAGGUAUUAAUUCUCUUGCUGCCUCCUGUAGUUUGGAACUGAGAAGGAAAUGCUUUUGUAGAGCUACUCAAGUGUAACCUCUAGUACGAAUUAGCUCUGUGCACCCUUCAACUACAUCUCUGUACAUGGAGUAAUCCUGUUGGUGUCAUUCUGUGCUGCUUCUGGGGAAAAUGGCAAAAAAUCAUUAGAUUUCCAUCCAUUUUUCAAAGUGGAAAAAUGCCUUGUGCAACCUUGAGCCCCCGGUGUAUGCUUUGAAUUUUAGCUGCUUAGUUGGCCGGCAGUUAAGGAAUGUUUGGCUAUUGUCAGGACUUCAUUUGACAGUCAAAACAAUUCAUGUAUGUCUCUGGAAGUGCUUGUGUUGUUUUAUAGCUGUACUUAUUACAGAAACAGAGGUGGGUCCAGUUAAAAAGAUGAACGUGAUUGCUGUUCUCAUAAGGGGGGGAGAUUAUGGAAACUGUGAAGGAACUUGGCCAAGUUUAUAACUACAUGUGAUAAUCUGGAGACGGGUCUUCCUUUGUGAAAGGAGAGUUUAAGAGCAAUUACAUGAUUUGUUCUUGAUAUAGAUUGAUAGUAGUGCAUAAGCUGUAAAUAGUGUUGAAAGGUAAAUGGACUGUCAGAAGCUUGUUAGCGUAUCUAAAUGCCUUUGGGUAUGGUAAGGUUGAUCAUAUCCUUUCAUGGGAAAGGUUAGGCUGGAAAUGAUUCAAGUUGUGGUCAUCACUUAUAGGCAAAGUCCCUGUUUUACUGAAAGCCUCUAUUAUAAUGAAAAGUUGGAGUGGAAAAUGUAGGUUUACUGCACUGGAACCGUUAUAGCAGUACAUGGCUCAGGGCUUGGAUAAAUCGACUCCAGAUGCUUUUAUCUGGAAGCACUGGAUCCAAAUGCGGUUUGAGGGGAAGCUGGUUAAUGACCUGCUUAUUGCCAUUGGAGAGUUCCAUAAGGAAGCAGCACAGUUGAUGCCAGCAGGUAUGCUCUUGGCAUUCCUCAGAGGCUAAAGAACUGGAUGGAGUUCUGGAUUAUCCAUGUAUGCUUUGGUUCUACGUGUGAACCUCCGAGGAGGGUAGCAGUUGUGUGUGUUGUCUAUAACACCAGCUAUACAGCUUAGGGGUAGAGGUCUACAAGCCAGCAUCUUCCCCAAGCACAGAUCCUCGAGGUAACAUAUUGCUGCUGUCUCCUUUGCUUCCGCAUGCUUGAACUCAAUUUGUUAGCAGUGAACUCCAGAUACUUGCUGUGACCCAAAUUCAGUGCUCUGCUUCCGAGUAUCUAUAGCCACAGACUUGCUUAAGCUGCCGUCAGUGUAUCAGUUGAGUAUCCUGAAAUCUUAAUUUAUACUUGGUGCCAGACAGAGGUACGUGAUGAUUUGGCUUCCAGCUGUUUGCUAUAUGUCAGCACAGCUUUUACUUACUACCUGGAGACUGUAACUACUUGAGUGCUGUCAGAAAUCACUUGACUCUGUUCAGCUCUAGUGUGACAUCUCAAUUCAUCCCUGGGAAAAGUGAUGUGAGUGAACAGCUCAGAACUGGCUCUACCAGGUUAAAUGUUUGGUUUUGCUACUAAUUUAGAAGGAUAAAGCUAUCACUAGCAUAGAUGCUGACCAGCAUGAUGCUCUAAGCGUGGCCCCUUGGGUAUUCGCCUCUAUUUUGACUUUCUCUUCCCUGUGCGACUAUUCACUGCUAUUAAAAUGCUAUUCAGACUUCCCUAAGGUUAAUGGAGUACCACUGAAGAAUUAAAGGUUAGAGCUGUGUUAUGAUUGUUGAGGCAUCAGUUUAUCCAUGUGGCAUCAUGCUCCAGCUGCCCCCUUUGCAAAACUCCUUACUGCUGCCUCUGAAACAGAGAGGAUCCUUGGGAUUCACGUUGUUCUCCCCAAGGGCUCUUCCUCCUCCAGGAUAAAGAUGGGCAAGUGUGGGAGCUGAUUUCCCACAGCAGCACUUGUUGCCCCUCCAUGAUCCCACAUUCCCAUAUCACAGCAUUUCCCCCUGUCUCAGCAGGGUGUAUUUUGCUUUGCCCCAGGAGUGUGGUAGCUGUUUGACAGAGAAAAAGGUGAUGAUAUCAGCCCUAGGGUUCUGCCACUUGCUUUCACCAUCCCAAAUCUUCCACCAAUGGAAGCAAACAGCUUGUAGUUGAGGUGUUUGGGUUAUUUCUGCAGUGUAGCAAUGGGAAUGGGAAGAGAAAUAGGCUUGGGGAUAAUGUGGUGGCUCAUAGGAGUAUGUGUUUAAGAUGUGGUCUGUCUUGUGGAAAGACUUACCAAGUAGUUCUGCUGCUCAGAGUUUACUUUUGCAGCAAGCUGGAUUCUUUGGCUCUUUCUCAAAUGGAAGUGAUGCAACACCAGGAUCUAGUCCUGGAGCUUCACCUCGAGCUUUUGCCCUUUCUCACCCCAAAGACACCAGAGAGAAUAAUGCAAUUCUUUUCCCCUCCUCAAUGCCUUUUGUAACAGUGGCAAAGCAGCCCGCUGGGUUUAACACUGCUCAAACGCAGUGGUGGCCGAGCAGCACAAUCAGCUAUCAGAGCAGGUCUUAAGAGACUCUUAAAACCUUUUCUGCUGGAAGCUGCCAGGGAGAUUAAGGGAGAUUAGCUGCUUUUUAAUUACUGUGAUGGUGGGGAGGCCGGACCACAACAGUGGCUCAGUGGUUGCAGUCUGCUCCUCGUCCCAAAUACCAAUAGACAGGUUUUUCUCCCUAAUGGUGACAAAAUACACUUUAAAUAUCCUGACUUUGUAACUGGCUCCCAAAGGAUCCAGUCAAUUAUUUUGAGUUUUGCUUAAAUAAAAGACUCUGAACGGGGUCUGCUCAUUGAAGGAGACACUUUGAGGCUGAAAAGUGAUUUUCUUCUUGGAUGUUUCAACCCAAAACUCAGCUUUUAAAAGGAGCGAAAGGCUCUUAUCAACUUUCGGUGCAAGUCAGUGACUUCAGUGCAUAUAGUCCGGUCUGAACAGCAGAUGAUGCUUCUGCCUCUACUUGCCCUGCAGUCAAAAGGUGACAGCCUGAUUUCCUUCCCCAAGCAGUGCGGAGACCUCCCAUGCUUGAGAAGACUUUUAGCUGUCCAUGGAGGAGAGAACUUGUGUUGCUGAGUCAUUUUCCCCUCUUAUCUGCCACUGUAAUUGGGAAGGCAAAGGAGCAGUGGAGGCUGAGUAUUGCCUUCAUCUCUCCCUCAUCAUUCCUCUCCUUCCUCCCGUCUCCCUCCCCUUGAUGUUUUGAUGUGCAAAACACUUUUCACUUCAGAAGCUGCUGUGUUGGGUAAUGGAAAAGAAAACAAACCCCUUGUAGCUUGUUACUCUUCACUAAAGCUGUAUUUUCUGCUCUGUCUUCCAGCUCACGCUCCUCCACAGCAGGAAAUGAGAGGAUGCUGGAAAGACCUUUAGGAAGAGAAAAGAGCUUAAUUACACAAAUAAACCCGUUUGUAGGAGUUUCUUGAGCCUUGGAGGCCCUGACCUUGGGGACCACUUUGCCAGGGUAGAAAGUUAGAGCCUGUUGGUUUGUUCUCAGUUAAUGGGAGAUGAUGUUCCAUCCCUGUGGGCUGGGGUGAUGUGCAUCUCGGAUGCAGCGCGCCUCAUUUAGAAGCAUUGAGCCUCAGUCAGUGUUUGAAUAUUAGACUUUCAAACUGCUGAAAUAACUUCUCUUUUAGAUGAUAGCAUAGACAGGAUCUGGAUAGCUUGUGGUUAAACACCAAUAUCUGGCUGGCUGGACACCAUCACCCGGUUAGGGGUGGUUUUUCAAGCUGUUUCUAUGAGCUGUUACCUCUGCUCUUACCAUAACAUUGUGUUGUGUGGUGUUUGUCUGGACCUUUAAUGUUCAUUAUCUCAUCCUCUACACCCUCAUGUGGUCCCAAAAGCUGGUUAUCCCUGUGUAGUGCUUGGAGUUGUGAGUGUCCAACCUUUGUCCACACUUUGGCCUUUGUUUCCUGUUUUGGCAUCCAACGUUGAAGCAUCCCUCCAGCGAUCCCAGACUCUGGUGUCCGUCUGAAUUCCCUUUGGUGUGUGUCCUGCAGUUGUUGUCUUGGAUACCUGACCACAGGAACGCUGAACUGAGGGGUGCAGACAGCCCUGGGCUGGAAAGGAGCAUCCAUGGGGAACGCUGUGACCUGCACAUGUGUUUUUAUAGGCAAGUCAAAUACUGACUAGACUAAAGCCCGUGGUGGUUACAGGCAUCGUUCCUGGCCUCUGGUGAUUCCCCAUCCUGCUCUUUCCACUACAGAUAAAUGGAUGAUCUUUGUUCAGCCUGGAGUGUGAUAUUUUCUUCCUUGGUACAAAUCAUCUCUGAUGGUUUCUGGGUUGAUGUGUAAGCCCCAUGCUGUACAUAAAUGGAUGAGUGACAUGAGGACUAUUACAAAUGUAGUUAUGUUGUAUGUAAUGUACAUAAGGAGAGAAUGUAUUUUGUUCAUUUUUUUUUCUUAAUAAAAAUGUACAUGCCA